CCGCUCGAACCGUCCAUAGCCAAACACAUGGCGAGAUCACAGUAGAAGGCACAGCCGAAACACCCAAAGGCGAAAGAGAUCAGUUUUUGUGCUGAUACAUUUCCGUGAAUGUGCUAAAAAGCGAUUGAAUCUCGAUAGACAGCUGAACUGGGAGCUUGAUGUUGUUUUAGGGCUUAUGGUUUAGAGAAUUAGAUGCAGUUUUAAUGCUAUAUUUCAUUUGGGGAAAGUGACCCUGAGAAAGUUUGAUGCUCUAUUGAUUCGAUUUAUGUGGUGAUUGUGUUAUGUAUAGAGCCAAAGUGCGUUGGGAUUUGCUAAGCUUGUGGUUGUUUAUCUAGUUGGGAGAAUAUGGGGAGUAAUUUAAAUUUCAAGAACUUCGGAGCUGACCUGCCGGCGGAGAUGGGCGGCAACGGAAGGCCGCCGGGUAAUUUCCCAUUGGCACGGCAGUCCUCGAUCUAUUCACUGACUUUUGAUGAGUUCCAAAGCACUGUAGGAGGGGGGAUUGGGAAGGAUUUGGGGUCAAUGAACAUGGAUGAGUUGCUAAAAAACAUAUGGAGUGCCGAGGAAAAUCAAAAUGUUGGGUCGACUAGCUGUAGCCACGAGGGGAUGGGGAAUUUGCAGAGGCAGGGCUCGCUAACUCUUCCUCGGACGCUAAGUCAGAAGACAGUUGACGAAGUUUGGAACGAUAUGUCGAAGGAAUUUGAUGCAGGAAAGGAUAUGAGUAGCACCAUUGCCGGGAUGAGCAUGCCUCAGAAGCAGAAGACGCUGGGGGAGAUCACCCUCGAGGAGUUUCUUGCAAGAGCUGGUGUGGUUAGAGAAGAUACUCAAAUGCCUGCUAAGCUGAACAACGAUUGUUUUAACAGUGAUUUUUCGUGUGAUGCGAAUGGUACGUGGUUGGGAUUCACCGGAUAUCAGCAGCACCCGGCCGGAGCAUCUGCAGGGUUAAUGAUGGGUGGGACGAUUGCCGAAAGAAGUGAUCAGAGAGCUAAACAGUCUGCUACUUUACCAUUAAACGUAAAUGGGGCAAGAUCUUCGAGGCAGCCGCAGUUGGUCCAGCCGGCGCAGCCACAAAUCCUUCCUAAACAAUCGACAUUGGCUUUUGGAGCCCCUCCCAUGGAGAUUCCGAGCAGUGGCCAGUUGGGGAGUCCGGGGAUUCGGUGCAGCACUGUCAGGGUUUCCGAUCCUGCAAUAAAGAAACCGAUGGUACAAAAUGCGAGCGCUGCUGUUGGAGGGACGGUUGGUUUAGGUGUUAACGGCGUUCAUGCUACAACGGGAUCUCCAGCAGCUUCGUCGGAUGGGCUUACGAGCAAUGGCGAUAUGUCUUCAGUCUCACCGGUCCCGUUUGCGUUUAAUGGUGGUGGUGCACGGGGCAGGAGAAGUGCAGCUUUGGAGAAAGUUGUCGAGAGAAGGCAAAGGAGGAUGAUCAAGAACAGAGAAUCGGCUGCAAGAUCUCGCGCGCGUAAGCAGGCAUACACGAUGGAGCUCGAAGCCGAGGUUGCAAAGCUGAAGGAGGAAAACGAGAUGUUGAUGAAGAAACAGGCUGAAAUUAUGGAAAUGCAAAAAAAUCAGGCUUUGGAGACGAUGAACCAGCAAAAUGGGAAUAAGAGAAGAUGCUUGAGGAGAACACAGACAGGGCCAUGGUAGUAACCUUUACUGAAAUGCAGCUUUAGGACUGACUGUAAAUAACGAAGUCUUGUGCUGUAGUAGACCUAAUAGUAUCUUAAGAUCGUAGGUAGAAUUCAUGGAUGUUUAAAUUAGGUAUUUCUGUUUUGUCCGUUGGCAGGGUUCAGUUCAAUCGUCUGUAUCAGUGACUGGCUGACUGUUGUAUUAAUUAAUGUUUUUUCUUUGGUCCCUUUUGGGCUAAAUGGGUAUAUGCCCAAUAUACUGUGGGCCUAGUAAUAAAUUGGGCCAGGCCUAUUACUAAAACGGCCCAAUUGCUUUUAA